AAGCCCUCCUUUCCGAUAGAUUUAGUUCUUCUGGAGCAGUGGUUUGAAAAACACGCCUAAGUAGAUUUCGCACACAUUUUGUUGUGAUCAUGUGGUUUAUGCUGUUGAGAUGCACGCUCCUCUUGGCGCUCGCCGGGACCGGCACCUUCGUCCACGCCCUCACGGCCAGCUGUAGCGAGGGCAACGGUGGCUACUACGACAACUCCCGGAACUGCACCUUUCGAAACGUGAUCGUCGACGACGUCGCCACGACCGUCACCUUCAGCAGCGGCAGCGGCUACCGGUACAACACGCCGUACCACUUCCGGUUUGUCGACUCGAAGUUGAUCGAAGUUCCGCGGAAGAUUUUCGACUCGUACUCCACGGUCCAACUGCUGGGCGUGGCCGAGUGCAGCAUCGAAAGCAUCAGCCGGUACACGUUCGAGAAGGCUUCGUCGUUGCUUUUGCUGAAUUUGUCCACCAACAGUUUGCAGGAGGUUAAGAAUUAUGUGUUCACGGGUGCGUCCAGUUUGAACCACUUGGAUUUGAGCAACAACAACAUCAGCGUGAUUGAGGAGAAGGCUUUUGCUAAUUUGUACGAGCUGACAUCACUGUUUUUGGCGGGGAAUUCGUUGAAAGCUUUGGAAGAGGCGGUUUUUGCCCCACUUACGAAGCUGCGGAAAAUUAGCAUGGCGAGGAAUCAGCUGCAGAUUUUGUCAAACGAACUGUUUCUCCAUAAUACUGCUCUCACGAUGGUGUUUUUGCAAAAUAAUCAACUAGUAAUGCUGGAAAAAGAUAUGUUCCAGAAUGUUGAGGGUUUGGAAUAUUUGUGGUUAAAAAACAAUAAUCUAACUUCAUUAGAAUUCAACGACUUGAAUGUGAAAAUUAUUGGCGUAACGAACAAUCAGUUGAAGAAAAUCAAGCUAAAUCCUAGCGUUCAACAGCUGUUUGCAUCGAACAACAGCAUCUCGACGAUAGAAGCUGAUGAUUUUGCUAAGCUGAAGAUUAAAAGUCUAGACUUGGCAUGGAACAAUCUAACCUCACUGGAUUCAAUUAGCCAAAUAACGGCGGUGGAGCUUAUGGACUUGUCCCAUAAUGCGCUUGGUCCACUCAAGUUGACCAGCUUCGCAAAGCUAACAAAUCUGAUUGAUUUGAACUUGGAAGAUACGAAGAUUUCCAACUUGCAGCAUGGUACUUUUUCCCAGCUAUCAUCCCUCAAACGGCUCGACAUUUCGUACAAUAAGUUGAAUCGAAUCGAUGUCGAUAUUUUCACCUCUUCACACCACCUUGAAGAACUGUACAUCGAUGGCAAUCGCCUAAAGGAGUUCAGCUACCAGGAAAUUCAAAAGAUUUUCCCCCAGAUGAACAAAAUUAGCAUCGCUGACAAUUACUGGAACUGCACGUUCCUCACGAAAAUGAUUCGCAGUUUGAACACCCAGACGAUUGUGGUCGGAGGAUUUAAAUCAGAGUCCCUUAUCGCAGACAAAACCAACGUCAAGGGAAUCUACUGUACGGACGAUACAAACCCCCUGAACGAGUGGAACACCACCUUGAAGCACCUGGACAAGUAUUUGAACAACUCCGAGCCAAUCGUAGACACCACCGAAAUCAAGCAAAUUAUGCAAAAUGCAAUCGACGACAUCGAGAAAUUUAACGAGCAAAAAAUGGCACUCGCCAACACUUCUGAAAAACUCGAGGGAGAAAUACUGGAUCUAACGAAAAAACAAUUGGCCCUGGAAAAUGACCUCAUUCAGGUGAAGCAAACGAUUCUGGACGUUAAACUGUCCCAGCUGCAAAAUGCAACCACCAACGACACCUUCGUCUCCGGUGAUUUGAAACGAAUGAUGACCGAACUAAACGUUUUAACGGAGACCAAGUUCAACCUCACAAGCCAAAAGCUAGAGCUAAAAAUCUACGAACAGUCGUUCAAAAUCGAUAAAUUCAUGGACAAAAUCAACGAAAACGCCGAAAAACUCCUCAUCCUGCGCAAACAACUCGAUCAAGCGGCGAAUCCCGCCUUUGCAAGCUACAAUCCCGUCAUGUUCCAAGGGCUCAAGUCCGAACCCUCCACUGCCGGCUCUUCCCACACCCUCACCAUAGUGAUUAUGGGCACUCUAAUCGUCUUACUCGUGGCUGCACUGGCGGUUUUGUAUCGGAAAUCACGCCGGGUUACACUGCGCGGUAAAAGUUGUUACAGCACUUCGAACACGCUCGCCACCAUGAUGGACAACGAUAUCUAGAACGCAGGCAGUUGACGCAGUUUGCACACUUCCGCUGCUAUUUUGAUAAGGAUUGUGAGUGAUAAAUUGAGAGCUGAAGCAUCAAUGCCGCAUUACUAGUUUGUGGCUUAUCACAGAACAACAGUUUAUGAUUUGAUUUACUUUGUUGCAUUACUCUUGUGAAUAAAGAUUUGAUUUUA